UUGACAAGUCAAUAGUGAAACUUAUGUGUGAAAUAUGUCAGGAGGAGUUUAAAGAUGUCAUCCCUAUGUAUCAAGAUAACGAAGAAAUGUCAUCAGUAGAGCAAGAUAAUGGAGUUGAUGAUACUGAAGAUAAUGCAAACAAUGAAGAUGAUUUCAUAGUUGUCACCGAAAAUCAGGAAAAUGCUGAAGUAAAAGCAUUGGAAAUGGCAGAAGAGGACGAGAUGGAAGUGAUAGAACAUGAAAAUGAAAGGACUGAACAACACAUUUACAGACAAGAUAACCCGGACACACACUUCUCCGCGAUUGACGCAAAUUACAUUUCGGAGUUACCACACCUUACACCAUAUUACAGCAGCAGUCCUGUACAUCCCCUGUCUCAUCAAACGCCCGAACAAACUACAUCGUUAUACCAUGGGCAGGAAAAUGUACACACGUAUUCAAGUUCAGUUUUAGAGAACAACAUACAAGAAGAAAUAACCACACAUCCAAAUAUUCAUGACUUUCAAGUUGACAACAUCGCUGAACAAACCGACUAUUUGUCGCACCGACUCCCUACAGCAAGACAACAAGUUAACACCCGAACUGCAAACGCUAGACCUCGUCUUCAUAGAAACAUGAUGCCUUAUGUAAGAUCACAAGCAUUGAAAAGAAAGUUGGAACAGGAGGAAAUAAAAUUAAAAAGAGAAAAACAACAAGAGGAACUGAAGUUGGCCAGGGAGAAACAAGCUGAAGAAAUGAGAAUGGCCAGAGAAAAACACGAGAUGGAGAUGGAAAUGUUACGGUUAAAAAAACAAUGUCUAGAACGUCAGUUACAACAGCCGGGUAAUACAUCUGGCAUCUUUACAUCAACACAAAAUGUAUUAGAUGGUGCAAGUUACAUGUCUUUACAGUAAAAAUUUAAAAUUGUGAAAUUUUUGCCGGAAGGAUAAAAAUGCAACAUUUCCAAUUUCAUGAAAAUAGUUGACAUUUUCUGAUUUAAUUAAACAUUAUGAUUUUUAGAACGUCUUUUUCAAAAUGACAAUAUAAGUAAAACGUUUUUACUUUUUACAUUUUUU